AUGGCCCGGUGUGAAGAUACGAUUAACGAAGAAGGGCGCCGAACAUGUGAAAAACGAUUCAAUGGUAAAUUACUUCUAUCCAAUCUACAAGUGUUACAUUACGUACCACCAGUCAAUACAGCACUCAACUUCAUGCCACCCUCGUAUAUUCUCCUUCAACUUCAAGGAAUUGAUAUCGCGUUAACCGGAAGGUUUCUCGGAUUGGUUGGCUUGAUGUCAAUCCAAGGUGCCGUGACCGGCGAUCUUCGGCAAUUGAGCAUCAGCAUUCAGACUGAAUUCAAAACAGCACCAGAUGGUCUUAUGCAAGUUAGGGUAGUUGACUGCUCAACGACGGUACGCUAUAGUGAGUUCUACAUCGAUGCUGAGGGGCCAUUCAGUGGUCUCGUUAAGAUGUUUGAGGUAGCGUUUAUCGACCUUAAGGGGACUGCAUACAUUUUGACGUUGCUUGUCUCACUUGAAAUGAAUUUAAUGCAGGUACAAAUAAAUGAUGCGAUAAGGCAACAAAUACCGAGCGUUUUGUGUAGUAGUAUACAAAAAUUCAUCGAGGACGCAUCACCGGCGCUAUUCAAAAGACUCGCUCGUGCGGAUCUCAGUGAUCAGUUCAAAACCCCUGGGCCAAUCGGUAUUCCGGCAGUGGAACGCUUAGUGCAUCGAUUCACGAAGGGACUUUACAUCGAUAACCGAAACAUUGCUGAUCCAACAAUUACUUACGAUUUCUUUGAAACACAACAAUCGGGUGAGAUUCGAUACGACGAUAAUCCACGCCGUACACCGUUCUUCCCGUCUCCAAUGCGCACCACGAAUGAUUCUGAUCGAAUGCUCUACUUUUAUGGAUCUGAAUAUUUGUUUAAUUCAUUGCUAUUUCAUGCAUAUGAAGGGAAUCGACUAAUGCUGGAGAUUGACGAAUCAUCGUUGCCACCAACGUAUAAACCACUUCUGUGGACAUCGUGUGCGAAGCCAACAGGCGGAAACUUUUUGGCAACGUUUUGUCUCGGAAAGCUAAUUCCGGCAAUCGCUGAGAAAUUCCCAAAUGCGACAUCAUCGUUCGUUCUGAUUCCACACGAAUUGCCUGUAUUCCAGCUGAUCGACGGCAUUGGCACAAUUGAUCUGAAAACAAGAGUCUUGACGUAUAUUAAUGAGGGAAGACGACGGCGACAAAUUUUAGUGAGUUCAACGGAUGUAGUUGCGGAUUUACGCUUGCUGAUUGAUGAUCACAAUUUUGCUGCAGACUUUAAACUUCAUAAACUCGCAGUCGGAUUGCAUCGAAGUGCAGUGGAUGGUAUCAGUAGUGAAGAAAUUUCACAAAUGGCCCCACUCGCUAAAACCUUCCUUGGUCCACAACUGUCGAAAGCACUACGCAAAGGUCUACCGUUUCCACUGCAGGAAUCGCUUGAAUUCAUUAAUCCACAACUGCGAGUUCAUGACGGUUUCGUCGAAUUGGCCACAGACUUUCGACUGGGUGAGCGAAAACUACGCGCCGAAGUCAAACAAGCGUUCCAGUCGAAAUUCUAUCGCCACUCAUUACCUCCUCGGUCAUCAAACACACAUUUAGACUAUUGA